AUGGCCGAAAUCCAGCAACCAAAGUCUGCAACGACUAUCUUUCUAGAUCAGCCUCCUAGCUGUCUUGAGUUCUGCCCUGAAAUCCCCGAUCAUUUCGUCGUUGGCACCUAUCUCCUCUCGGAAACCAAGACUGAAGACGAUGAAGUCCAACAAACGAAAACCGGCAGCGUGCAGCUGUGGAAAUUAGAUCCUAACACAAACAAUCUAUCAUUGGUACAAAAAGUAUCCCUUCCACAUGCAGUCUUCGAUCUGCAUUUCCAUCCAAGAGAUAAAAGCAAAUUCGCCAUUGCAAGCAGCACAGGAUGCAUAUCUCUUUUCAGCGUCUCCGCUACGCAGCCAGGCAUUCACCAAAUAUGGACAAAGCAAGUUCACGAAGAUGCUUCCAUCCCAGCCCUCUUCUUGGCCUGGGCCCCAGAGAACUGGUUCUCUCACGCAGACGCCGAUGGCUUCGCUGUGACAUUCUCUGACAGUCGAACAGCUGUCUUUGGGACAACAAAAGACAUCACAGAUGACAGUGCUAUUACUAAAUGGGGCUCUUUCGAGGCCAAGCAAAUGAUUGAAGUCUGGUUUGUGGCACUGGCUGCGAUGCAAGUGUCUGGAAACGAUGACUCCAAGAUGGAUACUAUCCCCGUGAUGUUCACUGGGAAUGAUUUUGGAUCUCUUCACACGCGUCGGUUCGAGUCCCACGACACUAAAGAGCAGGACGAUGAUGAGCCACUAGCAAAUCUACUCCUCGAACACGACGAUCGAGCCCGUCACCACACUGCUGGCGUAACGUCGAUUCUUCCUCUACCGGUGUCGCUGGUGGACGACGCUCCAAUUCUUUUGACUGGAAGCUACGAUGAAGGACUGCGCGUGUACCAUGCCACUCGACGGGGUGAAGUACUUGCGGAACAGGGACUUGGAGGUGGUGUUUGGCGACUGCAGCUGCUCGACACGAAGGAAUCUGGCUCCGAGCGACACUUCUUCGUGCUAGCGAGCUGCAUGCAUGCUGGCACGAGAGUUGUAAGGGUCACUCAGACACAGCAGGAUCAGACUGCAGAAUGGGAAAUUGAGGUUCUGGCAGAGUUUACAGAGCACGAGAGUAUGAACUACGCGAGCGAUGUGUGGAAAGGCUCCACGUCGUCUGAGCUGCUUUGCGUUUCAAGCAGCUUCUAUGAUCGUCGGGUUUGCGUGUGGAGGACAAAUGUAUAA